AUGGGGUCGCAGGUUGACGAGAGGGACUUCACAGCCCUCCUCUCCGAACUGACGUUGGAAGAGAAGGUCGCGCUUCUCUCAGGUCGUGACUUCUCCACAGCAGCAGGUGUUGCGCGCCUCAACAUUCCUCCCAUCAGAGUCGCAGACUCCAUUGCUGGGGUUCGCCCGUCAGGAAUCACAGCCGAUCUCACGACCGCAUGCUUCCCCAAUACGGCCUGCCUGGGCUCAACAUGGGAUGCUGAGCUUCUGGGCCGCAUGGGUGAAGAGAUCGCCAACCAGGCCCGCCUCAAGAGCGCGCAGAUGGUCCUGAGCCCGACAAUCAACAUCCAUCGCGAUCCUCGCGCCGGACGCAACUUCGAGUGCUUUAGCGAAGACCCUCUGCUUUCUGGCCAGCUUGCUGGCGCGAUCACCAACGGCAUUCAGAAGCAUGGAUUCGGAUGUUGCCCAAAGCAUUUCGUGUGUAACGAUUCCGAGACGCUGAGACACUUUUACGAUGUGCAGGCGUCAAUUGAUAGCCGCGGACUGAGGGAGGUCUACCUCGCGGCGUGGCAGCAUUUGCUGAGAACGUCGAAUCCGGCUGGCAUCAUGACUGCGUACAACAAGGUCGACGGCACAUUUUGCAGCGAACACGAGCCAUUAAUCGAGCGCGUCCUGCGAAAAGAAUGGGGUUUCGACGGAAUGGUCAUGAGCGACUGGUUCGCCGUCCACGACGUGGUUGCGCCAGUCAAGGCUGGUCUGGACCUCGAGAUGCCUUUCCCGGUGUUUAGAGGCGGGCGGCUGGUCGAGGCCGUCAAGUCUGGCAAGGUGUCUGAAGCAGAGAUCGACGCCAGAGCUCUCAAGAUGCUGGAGCUUCGCAACCGCACGAGGACAGUCCACGGCGAACGGCCGGAGAGGUCUGAGAUAACCGAGGAAACCAACCAGAUCGCGCGAGAGCUUGCGGCAAGCGGCAUCGUUCUUCUGAAGAAUACCAACGAAGCUCUUCCCUUGGAUUCUUCAAAGACGAACAAGGUCGCCUUGAUCGGAGAGUAUGCUGGUGCGCCCGUUGUAACUGGCGGAGGUAGCGCUUCGUGUACGCCGCAGUAUCGACACUCUCCUCUCGAGCUGCUGAAGAAGGCCUUCUCCGGCGAGAAGGUGCAGUAUGCCGCUGGUGUGCGAACGAGGCGCGUGAUUCCAUUUGCGCCUGCAUCAAAGCUUACCGCGCAAGACGGACGUCACGGUAUCGAUGUCAAGUACUUCAACGAUGACACUCCGGAGCCAAUCUUGACCGAGUUCCAGGAGAAGGCAGAUGUCUGGAUGUUGGGCGAGUUCAAGGCUGGUCUCAAGGUUCCGGGAUCUCACAUCGAGAUCACCACCAAGUUGACACCGGAGAGCACCGGAGAGCACACGCUGGCUGUCCGAACUACCGGAGAAUACUCCCUCACAGUGGACGGCAAGGAGGUUCUCUCCGGGCCGCAGAACAACAUCGCAACGGAGCAGUUCAUCUUCAACCACAUCAAGCUCGAGACACGCGUGCAACUUGCCAUGAACGCGGGGCAAGCCUACGAUAUCAAGCUGAGCAUGAAGUCACGGGACGCUCUAGUGAGAGGCGAGCCCACGCCCUACGCUGCAUCCCUCUGCUUCGAGGAGUAUCGAUCAGAUGAGGCAGGCAUCGCCGAGGCAGUCGAGCUCGCGAAGACAUCAGACGUCAGCAUCGUCUAUGCCGGCCGCAACGAGCAGUACGAGUCUGAAGGCUACGACCUGGAAGACAUCCGCAUGCCAGAGAACCAAGCCUCUCUGAUCAAGGCCGUUGCCGCCGCGUCCAAGAAGACCGUCCUCGUUCUUCACUGCGGCAACCCCAUCGACGUCAGCGCCGUGGUCGACGACGUCGACGCCAUUCUACUCGCACAUUUCCCCGGACAGGAGGGCGCGCAAGCGACGGCGGACAUCUUGACAGGCAAGACGAACCCCAGCGGACGCCUCGCGACCACGUGGUUCAAGACGUUGGAGGACGUGCCCAGCUUCGGCGACUUCCCGGCCACCAAGACCGAGGACGGCAGCAUCGCGCUGAAGUACGCGGAGGGCCUGGGUGUGGGUUACCGGCACGCUGAGGCGGCAAGACGGGCGCGGUGGGCUUUCGGCUACGGCUUGUCGUACACGUCGUUCGCGUACUCGGACCUGGACGCGACCGUCUCGGAGGAGUCGGGUGUAGCCAAGCUGAAGGCGACUGUCAAGGUCACCAACACUGGCUCCCGCGCAGGCAAGGAGGUGGUGCAGCUGUUCGUCAGUCCCGCGAAGGAGACCUCCGUCUGGAGACCCGAGCGCGAGUUGAAGGCUUUCACGAAGGUGGAUCUGCAACCGGGGGAGUCUACGGUGACGACGUUGGAGGUUGAUCUGAAAAUCGCCUGCAGUUACUGGGACGAGGCGCAGAAGGCUUGGAGGUUGGAAAAGGGGAUCUAUGGCGUUCUUGUUGGAGAUCGCCGAGCCGAAAUCUCGGUUGCGGCGGAAUCGGUCUGGAACGGGUUGUAA